AUGCCCGGGCACCCGCACGCCGGAGAGGGCAAGCGGGAGGCGGCUGCGGCGGCAGCUCCGGCGCCCAAGCUUUGCUGUGAGCGUGGCCUCCGACAAAGCGGAGGAGAAGAGCUAGAAAUAGCUGCUCACAAGUUGCCCAAGUCAGACAUCCUUGCCCCUGGAAGUCAGAUUCUGCCUGGCUUGUUCAUUGGCAACUUUAAAGAUGCCCGAGAUGUAGAGCAAUUGAGUAAGAAUAACAUUACGCACAUUCUUUCAAUCCACGACAGUGCCCGCCCUAUGCUCGAGGUAAGAGUGAUGUAUCUGUGCANUCCUGCUGCUGACUCACCCUCACAGAACUUGGCAAGGCAUUUCAGAGAGAGCAUCAAAUUUAUCCAUGAGUGCCGGCUUACAGGUGAAGGCUGCCUAGUUCAUUGCCUUGCAGGUGUCUCCAGGAGUGUAACAUUGGUGGUUGCCUACAUCAUGACCAUCACAGACUUUGGUUGGGAAGAUGCACUGUCUGUUGUCCGUGCAGCAAGGUCCUGUGCCAAUCCUAACAUGGGUUUCCAGAGGCAGCUACAGGACUUUGAAAAACAUGAUGUUGAUCAGUUCAGGCAGUGGCUGAAAGAAGAAUAUGGGGAAAACUCUUCUCAGGAUCUGCAAGAAGCCAAACAUCUUCUGAGCAAAUAUAAAGAGCAGGCAGAAUUGCAGCAGAAUACUGGAGGAAGACAGUGGAAUAACAACUUCUCAUCUGUGCCGUCUCUGUCAUACAGCAACUACACAACAGAGACCUAAUCGUAGGAGGUUGAUUUUUUUUUUCUUUCUACCUUUGAAAAACAUCUUGCCAUAAUUUCCAUCCCAUCUUCGAGACUCUCAGCUGUAAUCAUUCAAACAGUUGAUUUGUAGAAUACUUCUUGAUGAAAAUACUACAUUAUGUGUGUGUGUAUAUGAGUGUGUUUGACACAGUUUUGUAAGUUGGGCAGGAUCAAGCUCUCUGUAUGCCCAGAGACAUGAUCCAGUUACUGUGGCUGAGCCAGUGUGUCAACCAGCCGCAGCUAUUAUCCCCUUAUGCCCACAUUGCCCGGCAUUUGCUGUGAGGUUAGCUCAACUCCUUUCAUUGUAGGCUAGCAAAGGGCUCUGAGAGAUGAAGUCUGGUGAUUCAAGCUGUGGCAGUUUGACAUCUCCGCACUAUUAACGUGGCAAAGAUGUUAUCGCACCUGAAGAAGAGACCUCGGGUCUGUGUCUCUGCUGCUCCUGUUCACAGUCCAUUGGCAAGUAAUACCGUGGAGGUGGGCUUGAACUUCAAUGCUAGGCUGCAAACUGGAGCAGGUGAGAUAUGGGUACACGUACCUUCCUACCAACAGUAGCAUCUAGGAGAGAAGUGAGCCAGACAGCUCUGAGUAAUAACAUCUUCAACUGCCACGGUUGUACUUGCUUCAGUGCACGUGAGACAGAGCUGUCGGGAGAACUGCCGCAGACCAAGAGCACAGAGACUGUUACCACAGCUCAGCUGAUGUGCAGUGAUUUAAGCCGUGGUCCCUUGAUUGUGCAUCUGGUCUCCCGACAUAAGCUUCUCUGGAGAGUAGUUUUAUCAGGUCUCCAGUGCUGCUGAACUUCAUUCCCCGUGGAACAUGUGCCUCUUCAACACACGCCCCUGCGCACAUGAUAACGUGUCUCCAAAGAGUGGGCUCGGUGUGAGUGCGAGCACCUGUUUCUUUGCUUGUGCUGUGGUUUGCUCUUUGACUUCAGCUACCUCAAAAAUGCUGUUCUUGUCAUUGUGGUUGUAAAUGCAACCUUGAAAAUUGCCUUCUGUAAUCUUAAUCUGACACUGAGUGAAGUAAGUGGAUGCAUGUGCACAUGAGACUGUGCGUGUGCAUGUAUUUCACAAAUGUCUGUAUUUGAGAAGUUUAUUGUUUUCUUUUAAGAUUGCCCAUAUUUCUCACUGGUUUAAAAAUUGAGUUGUUUGAAUUCAAGUUUCUGCCAUUUUAAAGCCACUGUAUAUUUUGCUGUGAUCAGAUUUGUAGGAAUGCAUUUGUAAAAUAUGUUUUAAACUAGGUUAAAGAUAGGGGCCAUACUCUGAUCUCAGUAAUGUUUUGUGUUUCUGGAAUGGAGCCAUUGCCUGACUCAAGCGUAUUCUAAAAGUGUAAUUUCAAAUAUGUCACCAGGGAUGCUGGGCAGUGUACUGAUUUCCGAUGGUGUAAUGGGGGGUGGCACUGAUGCCAAGAUCAUGAUUUCUUGUCUUUGACUCAGAGGAUGGAAGGCCUAUUUUUCUUGAAGAUUCCAGAAAAUAAAAAAUACCUCCCAAACAGACAGGAUACAAAACCAAAAUGUGGUGUAUAUCAUGCUAAAAGCUGAGUGCUGAGCAAGAAGCAGUCUGCAUACUAAAUAGACUGUUGUCUCUCUCAAUUUCUUCGGUACUCUGACCUCCCAUCCCUUCACAAGCUCCCUCUCCGUGUGAUUUCCUGCUUGCUCUGGGUGGCAGUGAAUUCUCUGGAUGGGAGCAAGGCUUUUAGGGUCAAGUAAGCUCUGGCUGUUAAAUAUCUGUUGUUAAGUAUCUUCAAAAAAAUGUGUUAUGGCCUGUGAAAUACAGAUCUUGCAUAUCAAUAAUUGCCAAAAAGGAAAAAAGGGAAUGGGGUGGAACUGGCCUGACCGUUUCACCUGAGUCCAAGCCUGCAUCAGGGUUCUCAUUGCACUGAGUGCUUUCAGCGUACUGAACACGGCGGGAGUGGGAUAAUCAUGUCUGUGAUGCAGUAAGGGAUGCUGUUGGAUUUGGAAAAGGUGCUGGAACUUUGUUUUCAAACUUGUAGCUAAAUGAACCACUGCCUGUUUGGUAUGUGUUUGCCUGGUAAGAGAAGUAUUUAGCUGCUCUUAAGGAUGUCGAUCUGCAAAUAAUUGGCUGUGUAGGAAUUCCAGCACAGCAGUGCCCACGUUGGCAGUCCUCGCUGUGCUCUAAGGGUAGAUGUGGUAAUUGGAAAAUGCUUUCCUCGGUAACAGGGUCUGACAGGCGUUCAGGAUGCUGGUCCAUUUGUUCAACCCUCUACUCGUAAUAGAUUACGUAGCUCAACUUCAGUCCAUCCCCAAAGGACAGCUUUGUCAGAAGCAUUCUGCCUACGCUCUUGCAGGUAACCAGUCAGUCCAUCCUGUAGCUGACUGCCAGCUCUGUGUAUCCCGUAACACUUUUGGCACUCUGGCCCUUGCGGUCGUAACCCCGUGAGUGCUGGUAAGUUGGCAAGUCUUUUUUCUGGUCGGACAAAUACAAGGCAGAAUGGGAGACGUCUGUUAAUGUUUGCGUGUCCAAGAUUAUUCCAUACUGGAUUUUUUAAAUAGUUUGAUUAUCUCCAAAGACUCAGUCCCACGAAUAGGAUUUUUUUUUUUUUUUUAGAACUGAAUUUAGCUUUAGGGCCAUAUAGCCACAUCAAUGUGCAUUAUGCUGCAGCUCAAAAGCAGAUACAGGGUAAAGCAGGAAGACGGAGGGAGUGCCAUAUUGUCAGCAAGUGGAAGUGCUUCUCUCUUUUAAAAAUACAGAAGAGGUAUUUUCUGUAGUUUCUUGCUUCUACAUCUUGUUUUAGUGGUCCAUAUGUACUGCAUACGGCAUUUAAGAGUGGCAAAAGAGCAAUAGCAGUCUAAGAAAAC